AUGUCGCUGCAGCUCAAUUCCUUCCCGGUGACCCUGCUCUCGGGAGUGCCCGCGCCGUCGGGCACCGUGCCCGUGAAGCGACUGUGGGGCGCCCGCGCGGCGUCGCUUUCUUUGCUCAGUGUCCUUCGCCAGAUGGCUGCCCCGAGGUUCUACUGCGGGCGCAGCUGCGGGGCAUGGGAGGAGUGCCGGCCAGAGGGCUACACCGCCGAUGAGAGGUGGGCCGCCCGCGCGUUGCAGGCCCUCGCGGAGAGGCGGCUCGAGGGCGCCCGCGGCGCCGCCGAGGCCGCGGACGUGAGGGCGCUGCUCGCGCCCGUCGGGCCGGGGGGCUGCUCGGCGGUGCUGCAGCGGAUGUUGCGCGCCCACGGCGGCAAGGUCCACUUCCUCUACUUCUGGAAGGCCGUCCGAGAGGUCUCCCGCGUGGCGGCGCCGGACCAGUCCGAGGGCCCGACCUCCGAGCUCGAGACGCUGCGGGACAAGGUCCUGCGCAUCCUCGAGGAGUCCGUCAGGAGCGCCGGCGGGGAGGGCGGGCCCCGCGCGGCGCUCGCCGCGGCGGAGCUGCCCACCGACACGCUCGUGCAGGAGAUACUCCGCGCCGAGUCCAUGUCGGCCCAACCGCAGUUUUGGCGGGACGCCGCGGACACGAUCCGCGAGCACCACAGGUUCGGCUCCCUCACGCUCGAGGAGGUCACAGGCAUUCAUCUUUGCUGGCUCCAGCAGAUUCUGACGUGGGAGUCCCUGAGAAGCUGCGUCCCGGACGUCGCCCUGGCCCCUGAGCCGGCGACCCCGAAGGCCGAGCGGGGCCUGCCUGUGACGAUCCACGUCUACGACGUCUCACAGGAGGACACCAUCAAGCGCCUGAACAAGAUGCUGGCGCACGAGUAUUCCCCCCUGAAGCUCGGCGGCGUCUUCCACGCGGGCGUCGAGGUGAACGGGCUGGAGUGGUCGUUCGGGUUCACGCCGAGCUCAACGAGAUCUGGCGUCUUCUGUUGCAUGCCCAAGCAGAAUGCACAGCACCACUACCGCGAGUCCGCGCGUUGCCGGUACACCAGCCUCUCGGCGGAGCAGAUCAAUAGUGUCAUCACCGAGCUGGUGGAGGAGUGGAAGGGGCGGGACUACGACCUGCUGCGGCGCAACUGCUGCCACUUUGCGGACGAGUUCUGCCGGCGCCUCAAGGUCGGUGGCAUCCCCGGCUGGGUGCACCGCCUGGCGCGCAUCGGCGCGCGGCUGGACCCCUGCGGGGAGCACAGGAGCUCGCCUCGGGCCCCGAUCGCAGCGACGGUGGCGAUGCUCGUGCUCCUCAGGGAGCAGGACCCUGGGCCCCCGCGUCGCUCGCUCCCGCUGGCGCGGCCGCCGCUCCCGCGGGCGCCGCCGCGGGCCCCCGGGCUGGACCGCGCGGGGCUGCGGCCCUGCUCGGACGCCCCGGCGGCGGGCCAGGCGCCGCCGCGGAAGGCGAAGGCCGCCGCCAGAGGGAGCCCGCUGCCGAAGGUGGCGGGGCUCGGGGCGCUGGGCGCGGGCAUUAUUUACGCGGCCAGCUCGGAAGAGAUUUCCACGAACCUCGGAGAGGCUUUCGAGGACUUCAACGACGCGAGCAGGGAAUUUUUCGAGAGCAUUGGCGACCGCCUCGUGGCCAAGCCCAAGGAGCCCUGGCUUCUUGACUUUGCCACGAUGAAAUAUCCCGAGCAUCUGCCGACACUAAUCCUCGACCUUGACAAGGUCAUCCUUCACCUAGAUCACGACAGCCGCACGGGCUGGCAUGUAAUCAAGCGGCCAUACGCCGAUCAGUUCUUCAAAGAGAUGCAGCACUACUACGAGAUAGUCAUCUUCUCUGACGACGUGUUUCCCGUUGCUUUGGACAUCUCGACGAAGUGGGAGUUGCCUGUGACGAGUGUAUUGCACAGAGAUUUCUGCAAGAGGAAGCGCAGCCAUUACGUGAAGGACCUGUCAAAGUUGGGCCGUAAAUUGGACAAGGUUCUGAUGAUCGACCACGACGAGGCCGCAUUCCAAUUGCAGCCGAAGAACGGCAUUCCCAUUUGUCCUCCUCCUCCGUCCCUACAAUCGCUGGUCCCUCCAAGACAUCCUGAAUCUCAAGGAUCCCCCUGGACACCCCUCGAUCGCUUCGGGCACCCCUGA